AUGAAGCGCAGCUUUCUUGGAUCCUCCGGGGCUGUACAGCCGAGUGGGGACGUCGCCACUGCCGCCGCUGACGCGUUGACCGCAGACUCCGAGGACUUUAAAGGGGCAGUGGCCACCACCAAGCCCAGAACCAGGACGAGCGAUACGAUCACACCCCUACUUGCCACGUUGGCAGCAGAGCUGCAGCCUGUGCCGGGCAAUGAACCCGUGCCGGCAGGUGCCAAGUGCAACCUAGGCGAC